AGGUGUCUUGUUUUUUUGUAUUUUGUAGUGAAAUUGUGAAAGUGCUGAAGUGUCUUGCAUCGUCUGAGUUAAGCGUCAUUUACGCUGAAUCACUGAUUUUGCGUAUGCUGGACACCCGGAGGCUUGCUUGCUUAGACCAAAAAAGUCCCCUGUUCGUUUGGGAUCUGGACUUUGCCACCGAAAAAAAUAGAUCCACUCCACUCCAUGCACUUCGUUCCGUGACGCCUCGAAGCCCGACCACCAAAAAAAAAAAAAAAGAGAACGCAAAUAAAACCGAACUGAAACCUCUGUUCACAACCAAAUCCAACCCGUCACCUCGAAACCCUUGCGUAAGGAAGAGUCGAACCCCUUGGUUUUCUUGUCCCCUCUUGUAUAUCAUCCCGCUUAUUAUUUCUAUACGUACUCUGAAUGCCCGAAAUAAGGACGAGGCGUGAUUUUUUUUCUCUAUGCCCUUUGACAUUUUGAAUAAUUUCCCGGGUUUGAUUUCGAGGGAAAAAUUCGUGUCUCAGAAGUGAUGAGGAAUCUUUCUAAACUUGUUCUUUGAGUCCGAUAGUUUUUUUUUUUUGUGAGUGUGUUUUAAUUCUUCUGAUCUCGAAUGGUUGACCAUGUACCCCUUGUAGAUUUGAGAUCUGAUGCCUCUCUUGGAUUGACGUAAUUUUAGUUCCUUAUUCUCGAAUUCUUAAAAAUUUGAGAAAAACAUUGUUGUUCUACAAAUUGACCUGGGGAGACGAUGACGGGUUAUUUUAUGGAUUUUCAGAAUUUUCACGGGGCUCAGUAAAUAUAUGUUAAAUUUUUCUGCAAGAAAUCAUUCUCAGCGAGUUUGGUGACGUAAUACUGUAUAGGCCCAAAUUCACUGGAAUAAUUUCAAUGAUAUAUUUUUUAAAAUCGAAAUUUUUGGCUCAGACGUCAAGUGAUUAGUUCAACUGUAAGUUACCAAUCAAUCAAGAAGCUUUAGAAAGUAUCUCCCGUCAAAAAUUGUUAUUUUACGAUGUGUUGAAAGAAUUGCAGCCAAGUGUCCAACGUGUUACUGAGAGCCAAAGUGAAUUUUCCGUGUGACCGGAUAAAAAACAAAAAAAGGGGGCGAGUUAUUAUCGUUUAUUGUCUUGUUAUAGUUCGAAAGCAGUUAUUGUGCGGAAAGAAGAUCGUUUUCUGGUUUUGAAAGAAGACAGGGAAACUGAACAAGAAUCAGCAACAUCUUUCCAAUUGUCUUUUUCCCCUCCCUUCGACAAAGAGCCAAAAAAACACAACUCGAGGAGAGAAAAAAACAAUUAUUUCGCUCCGGUCUGAAAGGAGUCGCGUGCUUUUCGGUCUCUCUCGCAAGUGAUCCGUUCCCCUUAAUCUUGUCCUGCUGAUUUCCCUGAUCCUAACCUUUCCUAUACCUUGUGUGCGAAAAAAAAACAAAGAAAAGAAGGAGGAGAAGAAGAAAUUGAGGAGGAGUUGAAAGAAAGAGGAAAAAAAACAGAAAAGAACUGGAAAUAAUGGCGUCCGUGGAGGCGAAACCCGAGCGACUGGCCGUGCUGAAUUCCGCGGAGGCCGGCGUGACGCUGACGAUCCGACUCCUCAUGCAGGGAAAGGGUUCUGUCGGAUUCCGGAAUCCCGAGGAGUUUCAUGAAAAGCGAAUGGAAGCUGAGCCUCGCUGUCAACCGGCUCAGGUGCAUAAACCCGGGAUAAUCCCUUGCCCCUGGGGGGCUUUGUUUUUACACGAAUGA